AGAGAUCGGUCGAUGCAAAAAGGAGGAUCUUGAAACGGCCGUUGGAGGGAAGACCUGGAGCAACCCUAGUCGCAAAGGAAGUCCAAACACGGCGGGAUCUGUGGAGCUAUGAUACCAUCAUGCAGAUUGCAGAGACCUCCAUCUGCAUAUCUCUUAAGUUGGAUGUUAAGCAGUCUCCGUCCGGGCUCGAUGACAGCAUAACUGUGAUCCGGGCCGUCGGUGGAAAUGCCCGAGCAUUCACAGGCGCUCAUCCUCCACACGCUGCUCUCGGGGUACCCAACCCCAUAAAUGUAGAUGAAACUCUUCGGCCGGCGAUAGACCUCGACGAGGUCGCUGGAGAAUUUAAUACACUGUCUCCGCCUGCCCUUUUUCUUUUUGGGCGGCCUGGAGCACGCUGCAGUAGUAUCGAUCAAAGACUAUCAAUUGCUGGACGUUGGAGGAUCGCUUGGUAUGAUCUUUGGACUAUCCGUAUGGAAAAUUGGAUCAUCUGUCAGCCGACAUUGGAAGACUUGAGAUGGUCAGACUUGCAAUCUCCGAUGAAAAAUGUUCGACUCCUACCCCCGAGUAGGGAACGAUGAACUGCGGCAAGACGCGUUGGGCCACUCGAUACUCUGACCACCACUGGACCGCUGCUUCUCGACAACCCUUCGGUUGAAAAUGAUGCGAUCUAGGUACUUCCU